CCGGGCGCCGAGCGCCGUGUGUAUCCGCCAUUCAUGCGAGUCGAUUUCGUUGUUUCUGUGUGUGCUGCUGCGGGGCACGAGUCAGCCAGGCGGACGAACGAGGACGUGUGGUGCGACGGUGGAGAAUAUUGUUCGCGCGGCCCGAGUAAAAGCACGAUGCGAGCGCACUGAUACCCUCGGCGAGGAUACAUCGCGGAAUAGGCAGCAGCGGCAGCUUGGCGACGAUUCAUCUCGAGCGCGCGCCCCGUUUUCGAGUACCUGGAGCGACAAUGAUACUUGGUCACGGUCCGCCGACGUAAAGACCAGAAAGGGAAAUGCCAUUUUGAGGGAUCAGUGAGGAAUGAUGCUGAUCAAAUAAUAGGGCGAGAAACACAAAUUAGUCAACUGAUUCAACAGACAUUCGAUAGAGUAAUAUGGGGGCAUUUCUGGAUACUCCGAAGACGGAGAAGUGCAACGAGCAUGGCACCGGCAACGGCCUGCGAUACGGCGUCGCCAGUAUGCAGGGCUGGCGGAUGGAGAUGGAGGAUGCUCACAGAGCGAUUCCCUGCUUGGAGGGUGGUCUCUCAGAUUGGAGUUACUUCGCGGUGUUCGAUGGGCACGCAGGUGCACUAGUGUCGGCCCACAGCGCGGAACACCUACUGGAGAGUAUAAUGCAAACGAAGGAGUUCAAGGCCGAGGAUGUGAUCAAAGGGAUUCAUUCCGGCUUCCUGAGACUCGACGACGAGAUGAGAGAUCUACCUGAGAUGAGCUCUGGCUCGGACAAGUCCGGCUCGACGGCGGUCUGCGCAUUUAUCUCGCCCAAGAAUAUUUAUAUCGCCAAUUGCGGCGACUCGCGGGCGGUGCUCUGUAGAUCCGGCACUCCGGUCUUCUCGACGCGGGACCACAAGCCCGUCUUACCGGCCGAGAAGGAGCGGAUUCAGAAUGCGGGCGGUAGCGUCAUGAUCCAAAGAGUUAACGGAUCUCUGGCGGUCUCUCGGGCACUGGGCGAUUACGAGUACAAAAAUCUAAAAGAUAGAGGCCCUUGUGAGCAGUUAGUGUCACCGGAACCGGAAAUAUUCGUGCGAGACAGGGACGAUGAACACGAUGAGUUUCUAGUUUUAGCAUGUGAUGGCAUUUGGGAUGUAAUGAACAACGAAGAGUUAUGUGAUUUUAUACAUUCAAGGCUACUUCUAACUGAUGAUCUAGAAGCAGUUACUAAUCUGGUUGUAGACACCUGUCUUUAUAAGGGUAGCAGAGAUAAUAUGAGUAUAGUACUGGUGACGUUCCCGGCUGCACCAAAACCAAGUCCUGAAGCACAGAGGCAGGAGGCUGAGCUGGAAAUGGCUAUAGAAAGGAGAAUUAAAGAAAUAGUCGCCCAAGAGGAGGACAAGAACGAAUUUGACUACCUAAAAAUGCUUGAGCUCCUUAGAGGAGGUGACCAAGACUUUCCUUACCUACCUCCUGGUGGUGGUCUUCAUGCUAAGCAACCCUUCAUCGAGAAAGUGUUUCGGGAAAUAUGUCCCAACAAAGCGUGUAGUAUCUCAUUAAUAGGACGCGGAAAUUUAUGAGGUUUUACGAUGAGGCUUCAGGCGGAAGAUGCUUAGAUGCGUUAAGACAUAAGAUUGUAAUCUAUGUAUAAACGUUUUUUUAUUAAACGUAUCGAAAUGCAAAUAACAUUCAAGAUGGCUCAUCGUGAAAUUUCAAUAAUUUUCACGUUCUCGAAAUUGAAUAAUUUGUCAUUUCUGUCAUUUUUUUAGCAUACAAAAUUAGAUGAAAGAGUAUUAGAUUUUCUUUCACAAGAUUGUGAAUCAUAAAUGUAUGUGAAGCUUUAUAAUUUCCUCAAGUGAUCGAAGUCUAGCUAGAAACAUUAUAUAGACACAUUAUACUAUAUAUAGAUUAUACGGAUUUAUAGUUUGAUAGCUGAAUAUCCUUUUGCGCUGAGCUUUCGUGCCUCACUUAGUGACAGUGGUAUAACAUCUAUAUUAAUGGUAUGUGUUUCCAAUUCAUAUUGUAAACAAUUUGUAGAGUUAUGCAGACACGUUUUUAAAUGAAGGAAUCGAUCAUCUGUUUGGACAACACAUUACCUUAAUUUGAUAGCUAUUUACAAAUGAUGUUUGUUAUUUAUACAGUUAAUGUAUGUAAGCUACUUACUUUGUAGAAAUUCGGAUAUUUUAAUACGAGCUAUCAUUUCUCUCUGUAACGAUAAAUUCAUUUUAGAUAUAGUCCUAUUCUGCACAUUGAGUGUACUACAUGUCAUUAAGCCAAAUGUUUCAUGAAAUUUCAAACACGUAAGUGAUACAUAUAUAUAUAUAAAAGUGCAAGCGUUGGUUAUCGUUACCAUGUGUACAGACAAACCUGGAUUUGUACUUAUUUGCUACAUAUGUUUUUCAGAUAUUUCUCAAUAUUUGUAUUCUACAGAAUAGGACUAUUGAAACAAAAAUUGUGUAAAAUAUAUGCCUUCAUAAAAAUGAGAAAGUAGUAUUUUAUUAAUCUUAUUGUUAUAAAGAAUUAUGUAUAUUAAUUAAGUUCAGUUGGCAUAAUUACAAUAGUGGGUUAACUAAAACAUCGCAUUUAUCUUUUCGUGAUUUCAUCAUUGUUACCAAUGUUAUUCAAUAUUAUAAUUAAGAGCAUAGAAAAAUCACAGUUAUUAAUUUUAUCACUGGAAAAUACUGUAAUGUCACACUAUUACAAUCAUUUCAUGUAUUAAUCAAUCGUACACUCUACUCUAUUACAAUCACUUUUCUCAUCACUUUCUCAAGUAGUCUCAUAAUUUUCAGUUAGUAAUAUUUUACGACUGCUAAAUGAUCCAUGCACUACUAACAAAAGAAAAUCCUUUCCUUUCUAACAUUUUCACUAUGUUAUUCCUUCUAAUGGAGCACUAUUGCUGUUACCGUGUCACACCUUUUCCUUAAUAAGAGAAAUAUUUAUGUCACAUAAAUAUUUAUGUUACAUAAUUGUUUGUUUAAUUAAUUCAAAAGAAAUCUGUUUGAUGGGUUUGAAGAUAAUGGCUACGCAAGCAUGUCUAUAAAUUAUUACUUAAUGUCUUCAAAAGCUUCUUCCCUUUACUUUAUUGUUCGGAUCACAUCGAACGACUACACAUACCUUUGUUAUCAGAGAUAUAGAGACCUGCACCUGACCAAACUUCACGACAGCUAUUUGAUUGACCUGUUUUCUAAUUUAAGAGGGAAGCAUACAAGUUGAUAUAUAUAUAUUAUCGUUCUCAAGAUUGGAGCUUUAGGAUUAACAUACAUUUAUAUCUAAAGUAUACAAAGUAAAGUAUACAAAGAGAGCUAAGGAAACGAAACCAUUAAGAUAUUACGACAAGCGCCUGUUGUACUGUAAAAUUUUAGUAAUAACUUAAAUGCGGUAUAAUGCUACUAUUUUAGAUAUAUUAUUACCGUGUGUGUAGAAAGUUGUCGACAUGAUUGUCUAUAUGAUAUUUGUCCAUGUUACUGUACAUAAUACACGCAUAAUUAAAAUAAUUUUAUAGGAAUAAAUCUUUCGUUUUUGAUCAUGA